UCUGUCUGGCCGGGCCGCGCCUCUCCGCGUCGCGCUCCUCCUGUCGUCGGUGGGUGCCCGCUCCGAGCUGCAGAGCGCGUGCGCGCGCGGCCCCACGCCACGGUGGACCCUGCCUGCUCCGCGGCGCACGCUCGCAGUGGGUGAGCGGGGAGCCGCGGAGGUCACCGCGGGGAGGCGGGGCGGGGGCAGCAUGGCAGCCUCCUUACGGCUCCGUGGAGCCGCCUCCGGCCUCCGGUAUUGGAGCCGCCGGCAGCACCCGGCAGCGGCCAGCCUUGCAGCGGUGUGUUCUAGGUCAAUGGCUUCUAAGACUCCAGUUGGAUUCAUUGGACUGGGCAACAUGGGGAAUCCAAUGGCAAAAAACCUCAUGAAACAUGGCUAUCCACUCAUUAUUUAUGAUGUGUUCCCUGAUGCAUGCAAAGAGUUUCAAGAUGCAGGUGAACAGGUAGUGUCUUCCCCAGCAGAUGUAGCUGAAAAAGCUGACAGAAUUAUUACAAUGUUGCCCACCAGUAUCAAUGCAAUAGAAGCUUAUUCUGGAGCGAAUGGAAUUCUAAAAAAAGUGAAGAAAGGCUCACUACUGAUAGACUCCAGUACUAUUGAUCCUGCAGUUUCAAAAGAAUUGGCCAAAGAAGUUGAGAAAAUGGGAGCAGUUUUCAUGGAUGCCCCUGUUUCUGGUGGUGUGGGAGCUGCUCGGUCUGGGAACCUCACAUUUAUGGUGGGAGGAGUCGAAGAUGAAUUUGCUGCUGCCCAGGAGUUGCUGGGGUGCAUGGGCUCCAAUGUGGUGUAUUGUGGAGCUAUUGGGACCGGGCAGGCUGCAAAGAUCUGCAACAACAUGCUGUUAGCUAUUAGUAUGAUUGGAACUGCUGAAGCUAUGAAUCUUGGAAUCAGGUUAGGGCUUGACCCCAAACUAUUGGCUAAAAUCCUAAAUAUGAGCUCAGGACGGUGUUGGUCAAGUGACAGUUACAAUCCCGUACCUGGAGUGAUGGAUGGCGUUCCGUCAGCUAAUAACUAUCAGGGUGGAUUUGGAGCAACACUCAUGGCUAAGGAUCUGGGGUUAGCACAAGACUCUGCCACCAGCACAAAGAGCCCGAUCCUUCUGGGCAGUCAAGCCCAUCAAAUCUACAGGAUGAUGUGUGCAAAGGGUUACUCAAAGAAAGACUUCUCAUCCGUCUUCCAGUUUCUACGAGAGGAGGAGAGCUUCUGAGUUUGCCCUUGGCCAUGGACGCUGUUGGACACCAAACUCUAUCUUGGAGCCUCCUUAUGGCUCACUCCACAAGUAAAUGGGUUUAAUCAAAGGUCACCUGUCUGCUUUGGAUUAUCUAGGUCCCAGUGAACCCUAGGAUUUUCCACCCAUUUUUAACUGCUUAUUCUUUUUAUCUAUUUAGCAAACAUGUGUUAUCUGAAUUUAUUUUCCUGAAAGCCACUGAUGGUCUCUGCUAACUAGCUGAUUAACCUUUUUCAAAAGUUUGAUCCCUGAGCAUCUUCAACUACAUCAUUGCAUACUUCAAUCAGGAUAUUAUUUACUCCAUUUCACAGAUAAAACCAAAUAUUUUUUAAACAGGAUGGAACCAAGCUAAAAGAAAAGAAAAGAAAUUGAUGUGGGGAAAGGAGGUAGAAAAAGGGGAAGUAUAGUGAAUGACUACCUGUGUCCCUCGGGAAGUUUGUCCUGUUAACCAAGUGGUGGUAUUCUUGCAGUAUUGAGGUCACGGAUUUUCCAGGGAGUUGAUAAAGCUAGAGAACUCCUUGCUGCAUGUUUUAUAAUUUGGACUCUGUUACAUUACCUUAGUGUGUCCUUGUUACAAUUCCCAAUACUCAGCAAACUUGUUCUUUAUAUUUUUGCUUCCUUGUACAUUCUUACUACAUAUUUUUUGACUUCAAAAGAAUGACAUCUUUAGAACUGUUUCAGAGCCAAUGAUGGUAUUUGCUUUAGAUAAUUAUUACAUUAUUCUAAAUAUAACUGUAUUAUUUUGAAUUCAAAUAAAUUUCUAUGCUGAUAAUA